CCAAAAGGCCCCGUCCUCAGGAUCACGCUGUGUUUCACCAUGAACGUUGCAGUAUCACCGAUGGCCAGUGAGGCUUCCUCCCCUAUGAUAACCUCUGUAACUCCCACCCUGGAGCCCGGCCUCGAUAAACACGAUGAUCCGGACCUGUGUGGGCCCAGCGUCAGCGGGGAUGGGCCGACCCAGAAACAAGAUCCCUACCGCAGGUACCAAAAACCUCCUCCUCUCCACACAGGGGCCGACUGGAAGGUGGUCCUCCACCUGCCGGAGAUAGAGACCUGGCUAAGGACCACGACAGAGAGAGUCAGAGAUCUCACACACUCUGUGCAGCAAGACAGCAUCAAUAGACACGUGGAUGUGCACCUGGUGCAACUCAAGGACAUCUGUGAAGACAUAUCGGAUCAUGUCGAGCAGAUCCACGCGCUGUUGGAGACCGAGUUCUCCCUGAAGCUCCUGUCCUACUCUGUGAACAUCAUAGUGGACAUCCGGAGCGUGCAGCUCCUGUGGCACCAGUUGCGAGUGUCCGUGUUGGUUCUGAAAGAGAGACUUCUCCAGGGCCUCCAGGACUCCAACGGCAACUACACCCGCCAGACUGACAUACUGCAAGCCUUCAGCCAGGAUCACGAUGAGGCUCGGCUGGAUGCUUUGACAGAAGUGGAUGACUCUGGCCAGCUUACCAUUAAGUGCAGUAAGGACUACUUCUCCCUCGAUUGUGGCAUUACUGCUUAUGAACUGAGUGACUACAGUCCCAUUGAAGACGCAGAAGGUCAAGGGCCACGCUCCCUUUAUCCCGAGCUGGAGCAAGACUUUCCAGAACUGCUUCAGAGUGUGGAUCUCCUCAACAUUGCAGCCUCUAGACAGAACCAGGUGUCAUCUUCAUCUGCAGAAGCGCCUGUUACUUCCACCCAGGAACCUCAAGAGACAAUCAGUGGCCCCACCGAAGAAGAAAGUACACCGGAUUCAGCAAUGCAGGGAGAUAGCAGCUUUGCCCUUUCCAAACGCCCUCUUCAAGGUGCCAUUAGGAGUGAUGUUUCUCCCACACAGCCUCUGCCUAAAAAGCCCAUGUACCUGGAGGGUGAUGGAAACACAAGGUUCAGUAGGCCUUCACCUCUCCAGUACCAGGCUGACUUGAGCAGAAGCACGCCAUCUCUUCUGGAUACACCGGAUCGCUCAAAGUUCUGGCUGGAGCUGGAAUCAGUUUAUCCAGGCAAUGGGAGUCAAUCCUACGAGAGUCUCCAUGCUAUGAACGGUAGGAACUUGCGAAUGGGUCUCAAGAGACCAUCCGUGCCUGGUGAAGUCCCACUGGAGAGACGCUCAUCUGAGGCCGUGCAGGGAUUACAGACACAGAAGCACUUGACGAACUUCAAGACUAUGCACUCCAAAGCCAAGCAGGCUUACAGUGACUCUUCCAGCCCACCGCCAUCUUCAGGGGAGGAGGUCUCAGACCACGACGCACGGGAAAUGUCCUCUAGCCCCGGCGAUCAAGCUCCCACCACAGGCUCUCUCUGGAUUGUUAACCAAAAUGCUCUGCAAAUCUCUAAUGCUUCAGACAGCCCCAAAGAGCACUGGUAUGGUUCGGAUGAGUUCCUCGCUCUUCCAGCCCAGCUGAAAAAGACAGAAAUGUUAGCGAUGAAGCUGGAAAACCUUGCUCAGGCUUUACCGCAAAGAGGCUUGCAAGAGUCCAUCCAGGACGUGGAUGACUGGGAGCUCUCUGAGGUCAACCCUGAUUGGGAGAGCAGCUCCGAUCUUCUUUUGCUUCACCCCUAUAAAAAGUUCUCCCGAGCCGGGCGCUUUUCACCUACCUCCUCGAGCGACAUGGCUCCUUCUCUUGAUGACAGCAUAGAGUCUGGGCCCCUCAGUGACCUGUUGUCCGAGGACGAAGGGGCGCGAAGUACACCAGAGUCCAGGGGAAGAAACAUAUCGACUGGACGGCCCAUUGCACCAAAGAUUGUUUUCCAAUGCACACCCUUGAUACAGCAGCUACUAGCAGAUAUUCAGCACAAAGAGAACUACCACAAUGUCUGGGCGAAGAUUGAGGGUUUUGUCAGCAAACUGGAUGAGUUCAUCUGUUGGCUGAGAGACGCUCUAGAAACCACAGACAACUGGACGCCACCCAGAGCUGAUAUCGACAGCCUCAAACUCUACCUGGAAACUCACCUUAGUUUCAAACUCAACGUGGACAGUCACAGCGCUCUGAAAGACGGUCUCCUGGAGGAGGGAAGGCAGCUCCUGGAACUCAUCACCUCCCACAAAUCAGGGCUGCGGGACAUGCUCCAUAUGAUAUCCCACCAGUGGCAGGAGCUCCAGAGACAGAUCCGCCGUCAGCACAGCUGGAUGCUGCGCACACUGGAUGCCAUCAAAACCCACAUCCUGUCCAGCGAGAGGGACGAGGAAGAGCGGGAAACUCACAGUCAUCACGGCAGCCCCAAGCAAGUGGAGGUCCGACAGAGCUAUCGGGAGGCUCAGAAAGAUGUUCUGGAUCAGAUGACAGUGAAACUUAAGAACCAACAGUACUGCCCCAACAGCAGAAGUGUCGACUUCACCCUGAUGUCCAAGUCCAACAGCCUAUCAGAGUUCGAGGCAGAGUACCAGGAGCUCUGGGAUUGGCUGAUGGACAUGGAAUCUAUAGUGACGGACAGCCAUGACCUGAUGAUGUCAGAGGAACAGCAGCAUCACCUGUAUAAGGGGAACAGUGUGGAGAUGUCCAUGUGGCUUCCCAAGAAGACUCAGCUUCUGGGCUGGUCUGAAUCCCUGAAGAGGAGCGGCACUGAACUUCCUGCUGACUUUGACCAGCGGCUGACGGCCCUCAGGGGCAAAUGGGAUCAACUCGAGAAAACCCUGGCGGAGCAUGUGGAGCCCAGUGUGGGCCAGCGGAGUCAGCGUGAACUUCUCUCUCCAGACACCAAUAGGAUGGUGACCCAGCUGGAGAGCCGGAUAAAGGAGUUAAAGAGCUGGCUGAGAGACACCGAGCUCUUCAUCUUCAAUCUGAAUCUCAGACCAGACGCACAACAAUGUGAGGGCAGCACGCAGGACGCUGAUGCCAUCAAACAGCUGCAGCACUUCAAGGCUCUGUGUAUGGAGGUGCGGGGCAGACGGAAGGGCAUUUCCUCCGUGCUGAGGCUCUGUCAGAGGCUGCUGGAUGGGCCUGAACAGCAGAGCUCAGAGGCAGAGCACCAGUCACUGCAGCUGCUGCAGGUCAACCUGGAGAGACGUUGGGAGGCCAUCGUCAUGCAGGUCCUUCAGUGGCAGACCAGACUGAAACACUCGCUGGGCAGAGACCAGGUCCCUGGGAACCUCAUUGAGCCUUCGCUUAUGGACCUCCAUGGGCUGGCAGAAGAUUCUUGGGAGUGGGACGAGAUGGACAUGACUAUCUGCAAUCUGGAGACACAGGACUGUGAAGAUGAACAAAAUCCUGAAUCUAAAUCACACCUUAAUUCCCCAAAGGAGCCUUUGAAUCUCACAGAGUCAUGCCCAAAUGAAAUGCGGUGCGGAGCAGCCUUGAGCACAGCAAAGUCGAAUGGCUCAUCUUCCUGUGUUUAUCAGGUGUACAGUCUGGAUAAUGUUGAACUCUACCAACAACCCCAAUAUAAUCACAAAUCAUUUUCAUCCAAAGUCCAGCCGUCACUGCUGAAGAGCCUGAGCAUGGAUUCCUCCUUCUCCUCAGCUGAAUCUCUACCUGAUAUCUUGGGAGACCUGUUGAAGGGGAAGCACAAGCUGCUAUCGAAUUCAGCCAAGAGAUCAGAGAGCGAAAGUGGGAUAGUAAGUGAAGGGGACACGGAGACCACAGGUAACUCUGAGCUGUGCCUGCUGUUCCAGAGUGAUGAUCCAAAAGUUUGCGUUACUCUCACCCCUCCGAACACAGAAGAUUCACUCAAUGGAGACAGAGUCUCAGAUGAAGACAUAGACAGAGUUUUGGAGCGCGCCAACAAGUGUGCUGAAUACGUCGAUAGUCUUAGCACUGGGAAGAGAGACCAGAGAUUGCAUAUCAUGAGAAAGAAAAGAGAAGAUGGUGGAGAAAACAGGAAGAAUCACCACAAGGAGCCGGUGAAGAUCCUUGCCAAUGACCUUGAAUUAAGCCAACAGGCUAAUGAAAAAAAUCUCAACAUGAGCAGAGAUGACGAGACGGUGACCACAAACCAAAAGCUCCAAAAGGAGUUUGCACAGCUCUCCCAGGGGUCUUCCCUUGACUCCCUUUACGCAGUAGGAGAAUUAUUCCCAUCAAGCAAAGAGACACUAACUCGUAGCACUUCACUGGAAAGUUGGCUCGCUCCAUGUAAGAGCACGGAGGACGCAGGGAGUAAGGAAAGUCUGAGGGACAUUGGAUCGACUGUGGAGCCAACAGGAGAACUCAGCAGAAGAACUCUGGAUCUUCUAAAACGCCUUGAGAACAUCCAAAGCCCUCUUGCUCUGAAGAUGACACGUAGCGUCUCUGACGUUACGCUCCAGAGCAGCUCGCUGUGGCGUGGGUCACGCUCAGCUGGCGCUCCGUCCUCCAUUAACGAGAGCUCAGCAGCCUCCCUGACAGAGCUGAGCAGCACAGAGGACUUGUCCGUGGCAUCCGAGGACCUAGCCGUGCAAAUGAACCGCUGCACCGCUGCUGAUUCAAAUGCGUCCUUCCGCAAACAUUGCCGCAGCCAGCAACAAACCGACGAGACUGACGCGAGCAUCAGUAUGGUUGUCAACGUUUCCUGCACUUCAGCCUGUACUGACGACGAGGAAGACAGCGAUCUUCUCUCAAGCUCCACUCUGACGCUCACCGAAGAGGAGCUUGGUAUUAAAGAUGAUGACUCGAGUGUGACCUCAGAGGAAGAAUACAUUGAAGGUUCCUUCACUCUCGGGUUGGAUUACAUAAAGGAUGAGUUUCAAAGCUGGAUAAAGCCUAGAUCUCAGAGUAGAGAGAAAAACGAGGCAGAUCUAGUGGAUGAACUGCAGUGUGGCACCCUGUCUAGAGACAUCCUGUCACCCAUUAAGACUACUAACGAUCGGCAGUUUCUCAGCCGGUCUGCGCUGAAACUCUUGGAAGCCAACACUAAUGCUAAAAACGAGAGCCUCAAGCAACAGGAGGUGGACGGAAACCGCCGGGACGCCACCAGGAGCUAUAUCAGCCGCUUCGUGGAUGACAUGGAAAACGGCAAUGUCGAGAGCUCUCACGUCAAAGGGAAGGAUGAAGACGACGAGCUGCUGAGAGAGGAGGGAAGUCUGCUGACCAAGAAAGGGGAGUCAUUUAAAGGCUCUAUCAAUGACGUCAAAAGCAAUAUGUUGACCGCCAGCUCUCCUCCAUCCUCAUGCGAACAGAGCUUGAGCUCCCUGGAAGGACAGUUAAAAGGUGAGCUGCCCUGUCACAAUUUCCGCCGUCCCUCCCCCACCAUCUCUCCCGUAGAGGAGUGCGCUCACGCUCACAGCCGACAGAAGCAGCUCGCUGCCUUCCUGAAUGACGUCCACGAGAACAAUCAAGAAAGCUGCUCUUCAGAGAGCUGCAGUCCCCCUGCUUUCAUGUGUGAAGAGGCCAAGAGUGACAACGUCCAUGACUUUGUGAUGGAGAUCAUUGACAUGACAUCUGUGGCCCUGAAGACCAAAGAGAUGCAGGGAGAGCAGCCGACGGAGGUACGUAGCCCAGCGUCUGUGUCUCAGAUCAGAGAGAAGGUCCUCGAGCACUCCCAUCGGCUUAUUCAUUUGCGGAAGGGCGACUUCUACUCCUAUCUGUCGCUGUCCUCGCACGAUAGUGACUGCGGAGAGGUCAGCACCUGUGCGGAGGACAAGAGCAGCAGCCCGAUCCUUUCGAGCACGCCAGAUAUCCGCGACGAAGAGCCGCUCUUCGAGGCCUGCACGGAGGAAGUGUACCUGGGCCCUCCUCUCUGUUACAGCAUGUCCAUUAGCAAACGGCCCACGAGACACAAGCUAAUAGAGGCCCUGGGUCUCCGGAGCCCGGGUUGCGAUGAAUACCAAAAAGCGCAUGGUAUUUCUCAAGGAAGUGUAGCUGGUAGCCAGUCAGAGUGCCAUAAUGAGGCGCCUUAUCUUAAUCCUUUACCAUGUGAAACCCCAAUAGAUACUGUUGAAUGUUUUGCAGAUACUAAAAUGCUUGAAUCCAAUAUUUCCCCUGUAAUGACUAAGAUAAGAGUCUCUUGCUCCACUACAAAUCCUUUAAAAGAGGAUGGCAGCCUUUAUAUUAAUCCCAAAAUUAACUGUCCGCUGAUAAGGAAGACUGAUAGCGAUGAAAGGGCUCCUGCUUCACAGUUGAUGAAACAGAAGAACGUUGGGAAAGGGCGCCGCUCUCCACAGGAAGCCAAGUCGACUCAUAAACAGCUGGCAAGGUCAGAGAGCAUCAGUGGUGUUGUGGAGGGCUGCAGGGCUCAGAUCAGCGGUCCACAGACAGAUAGCUCAUCUAUAGGAAGGAGUAGAGUCAGCAGCAAGCCUCAGGUCAAGAGAUUCACUGGAAGUCUAGCCACCCCUGUGUGUAAACCCUGACUGCGCUGGUGAAGGCUCUGAAGUCUCAAACACCACCUCUGGAUGGUGACGUGGGGGUCUGGAACGGACACCUAACUGGAUGUUAGUGCAUGGGCCAUUAGUCUGGCACUUUAGAGCUCGAAGUCCUUCAUCCUCAGCACCCUCAUCCUCUUCCUCCUGGCUGCUUUACUAUUUACCUUUGCUGACCUUACCCCUCCAAGCUCCACUCUUGACUGAGCUACCUCACCAGUCUUCCUCCAUCUCGACCCUAACGCUUCAACAUGGUAGACUACUCACAAGCCUCUUCUGUCAUAUUCCUGAUGAUACUAGACCUGAUCAACCAACUAGCGACAUCCAAACAGGCUCAAGUAUUUGGUGCCUAAGCAUAGAGGUACGUUACCUGAGGGUCGCCCCCAUGAAUCAGUAAUGCGGUCCUGAUCAGCCUCGAACGAGAUAGGUCACCCAAACAGGCUUCACGUUCCUCUCUAGCCGAGUGACGUAACGCCACAGUUUCUAUGCAACACGACGGUUGUGUGAUGUUGUGUGGCAUGUGAUCAUCUUUUGGCAGUUUGAUGCGAUACCAUUUUUUUUUUUUUACUCCCUGAAAAACAAAGAAAUGUAUAAACAUUUUGUGCCUUGCAGUUGCUACAUUUUGUUAAACACUGCUUCACCCCAUUGUGUGUCCUGCGAUCGGUGAGAAAGCAGACGUGCGGCAAGGCUGAUAAUGACGAAUGGGCAUCUGUAAAUAUGUGAACUCUACGUUCAAACCUUGGUGUAUAAUGAUGUCAUAUUACUUCAUGUUCGUGUUACUGUUUGUGUUACGUGACGUGGAUAAAUAGCUACUGUUAGACUGCAUGGUGAACUAUGUACAAGAAAACUUCCAUAAAUAAACAUAAUUUAACGACUUUGUCA